AAGUAGUGAGAGUUGUGAACUGAGAAGACCAUGUUGAAAGGGGGCACCGCCAAGGCGGCACUGCCCAGGUUGGGAGCCCCGGAGCGUGCAAAGCUGUCUGCCAACAGCUCCCAAAGCUCAUACUCCAGCAACAUCGGGAUGAAGACCUCUAGAUCGUCCAGCACCAUUGCCUCUGAUCUGCGACUCAGCAAGAUAAAAAGAGCGAGCAGUGAUGAUGCUCUGGCUAAACCUGUUCUGGGUUCAGUGGCUGCAGUGUCCCGCAUAAAGAAGACCGUCACCACAGGAGCCAUCUCUGAACUUUCAGACAAUAGACCACGCAGCGCUUCAAGUGUCCAAUCAACCAAAAAGUCAGGGAUCCCAGCUCCUCGUGAGAUCACACAAAGCAUCUCCAGAGAACGUGUCUCAUUGCGUGACCAACUGAAAAGCUCUACAGCCAAAAAGAUGGUCACCAGUGCCAGCACCUCUAGUCUGUCCACGCUGUCCAAGCAUUCACGUGGCUCUGUCAAGACCAAAGCAGAGUCUGUUGUUUUCGACAAGAACCUGCUGGAGAGUCAGGUGAAGGAGCUUCUGGCUGAGGCCAAAACCAAAGAGUUUGAGAUCAUUAAGUUACGGAUGGAGCUCCAGCGGCAUAAAGGGAAGGAUUCAUCAUCAGAGGCUGGGACACCAGAGGGGAAUUCAGAGAUAGAAAGGACUCCAGCACAGUCUGGAGACAUCCAGGUGCUUGUAGGGGAACUGAAGGAGAAGAACGGACGUUUCCAGCGUGAGUUGGCCACCUUGCGGGAAGAGAAUCAGGCUUUGAAGCAGAAGCUUAUUACAUUGGAGAGCACCACAACACUGCUUACCAGCUCUAGUAAGCAUUCAGUUAAUGGGGUUUUUCCAGAAAACACCACUUCAGAUGCCGUCAGUGCAGUCAAUGGAAGCCACCUUAAAACUUCUGCGUCAUCUGGUAGUGAAACCAAAGGCUCUCCUUUACCCUCCUCAGAAUCCUCAGAGUUUGAGAAGAUUCCCUCACGCUCCGACUCAGUCAGUAGCAGCAUUAAGAGUGUUGUGCCCAGUGGUGCGGUGAAAGAGCUCUCAGUGGAGUCCCUGACAGACCGCAUCCAGAAGAUGGAAGAGAGUCACCACAGUACAGCCGAAGAACUUCAGGCCACUCUACAGGAGCUAGCUGACCAGCAACAGGUUGUCCAGGAGCUAACAGCUGAGAAUGAGCGUCUGGUGGAGGAGAAGGGCCUACUACAAACUUCCCUACAGCAGCAAAGGGAGCGUGUAGAACUUUUGGCGCAACAGAAUGAGUCCCUUCUCCAGAGGCUCAGAGAACAAGCUCAGUGUAAUGAAGCUGAGGCUUCACGUGCCUCUCGGGUUGCAGAGCUUGGACAGCGUUUGGCUGAGCAAGUGGAGAGCUCCCGCUUUGAAAGAGAGAAGCUGGUAGACAUCCAGCAGCAGCUGACAGGCAGUCUUAGAGCUUUGGAAAUGGAGAAUCAGGAGGCACAAAUUGCUGUGAAGAGCUUAAAAGAAGAGGUAGAGCUUCUUCAAGGGCAUCUGGAGAGUGAGAAGGUUGCUAAAGAUGAGGCGGUGAGGAAAAAUGAGGAACAGCGGCUAGCCACGGAGGCUCUGAGAGCGGAGAGUGCUAGUCUGAAGGCGCAAGUGGAGGUGGAGCGGCAGAAGAUAGCUGAGCUGAAGGCAGUGCAGAGCGCCAGUGACAACACAGAGUUGCAAAGUCUGCUUAAAGCGGCGCAUGAAGAUAGAGACAAGCUGGAGCUGAGUUGCACGGAGCUACGACAAGAGCUACAGCAGGUGGAGGCAGACAGGCUGCAGCUGCUGGAGAGGGUGGAGAAACAGGAACAAGAUCAUAAAGCCAACAUGCUCGCUUUAGAGGAGAAGAACAGAGAUGCUGAGAACCAGAUCAAGGACCUAAAAGAGACCAUCUUUGAGUUGGAGGACCAGGUGGAGCAGCAACGGGCAGUUAGACUGCACACCAACCAGACCAUUCUGGACCUGGAGAAUCAAAUCAAGAGGCUGGAAGAAAACAAGGCUGAGCUGGAGAAGCAGAUUAAGGCCAUGAAUAAACAGAUGAAGGAUGAGACAGAGGAGUGGCGCCGUUUCCAGGCUGACCUCCAGACAGCAGUAGUGGUCGCCAAUGACAUAAAGGUGGAAGCUCAGCAGGAGCUGCGCACGCUGCGCAGACGUCUGCAGGAGGAGCAGGAGCACAGCGCAAGACUGGCUUCAGAGUUGGAGCAGAUCCAGGGCACCAGGUCAUGGAGUGAAGACGUUAGUCUCUCUGACUCAGAUGGCAGUCCUCACUGGUGCCGAAUGACUGUGUCCCAGAAUGCACCUGGUGGCUUCCUAACCAAUGGCAAUGAGAGUGGAAGCAGCAUGCCCUCAGAACCAGGAGCCACGGUCAAAUCUCUCAUCAAGUCUUUUGACACAGCUGUGCCGAAUGGACCCAGCAGCUCAGUACAGAUGCAUACAUCUCCCAGAAGCCCCCUGAGUGGCAUACCAGUCCGUACAGCCCCUGCUGCUGCUGUCUCACCCAUUCAGAGGCACUCUGGAAUCAAGCCGCUGUCAAUGACCCUUGAGAGAAAAAUCGCCUUUGGAGAUUUCCCCCACAAUGGGUCGUGUGAUGAACUGAAGCCCUCGUCUCUUAUGAGGAAGAGUCCAUCUCUCGAGUCUGUGAUUAAAACUCCAACUCACUUCAAUGGCCGCACAUCCUCUUUUACUUACAACAGAGCCAACAGCAAACUCAAUGUGGAAAGAACAGACCCUCUGUCUGCUCUGGCGCGGGAGUAUGGUGGAUCUAAGAGGAACGCUCUACUGAAGUGGUGCCAGAAGAAAACAGAAGGCUAUCCGAAUAUAGAUGUGACAAACUUCAGCAGCAGCUGGAGUGAUGGCCUGGCAUUCUGUGCUCUGUUACACACCUAUCUGCCUGCACACAUCCCUUACCAAGAGCUCAUCAGCCAAGACAAGGGGCGAAACCUCACCCUGGCUUUCCAAGCAGCCGAAAGCAUUGGUAUUAAGCCCUCUCUGGACAUUGAUGAGUUGAUGCACACAGACCGACCGGACUGGCAAAGUGUCAUGCAAUAUGUAUCUCAGAUCUAUAAGUAUUUUGAGACUUAAUUUUUGACUGGAAGAAAGGAAGAGGAAGAUGAAGACGAAGAGGAGGGCACAGAAGCACUUUUAUUUGCCUGGUCCAGUUCUCCCUACAGUGUUUCUAAAUACACAAACACACACAGUUCUGUAGUGUUCACACCAGUCAGGUUCUCUCUCUGAAUACAACCAGCAUAUCAUAUUCAGUACAAUAGUCAUACACACGCAAACACACAACUUCUCUUUUCCUUACAAUUCGUGUGUCAUAUAGACCUAACUCAGUUUUUGAAGUUUGAAGUUGCUUGCAGAGUGUAGGUUUGCAAUCUUGCACUGAAACUGGUAUAGUUUUUUUAGUAUGUUAAAUUUUUGCUAAGAGUUGAAGUGCAGCUGCUAAUCUUUAUAGAGAGUAUUAUUACCCAAAUCUAUAUAUUGACAUACUUAUAUAUUGAUAUACUUAUAAAGUAUUUUUAAAAUGUUAGUUUUCCCACAAAUAAUUUUGACUUGUAAUAUGUCUUGGUAAGACAUAAAACCUUAGUGAACUAUGAAAAUAAGUUUCAUAGGUUUUGUUGAAAAGU